UCCACCAGGUCACGCACUGCGUGUCACGGAGCAGCCUGCUCUGAUGGCUGCGCUUACAGGGCAAACACCUUAAUUAUCAACGGGAGCUAAUUAGUUGCUACAGUCUUCCUUCAUAAAGGCUAAUACUUUUAUUUCUGAUGUCUUUUCACUCUUCUCUGUGACUUUUAUGAACUUCUGGUAUGACAAUAGACAAUCAGCUUCAAAAAUAACUCUCAUCUUGCAAUUUAUGGAGCCUGCACGAGAGACUGUGAUGCGUUUACCUAUGAACUCGCUCAAAGGGGCAUAUUUAAGAACUAAGAGCUAAGAACUCAAUCCUGUUAGACGUCAAGCACCUCAGGAUCCACGGACUUUGAUCCAGAUUGCUUCAUGCCUCCUAGUUCUGUCCUUAUCAAUGUCUUCUACUGAUACAUUAGAUCUGGAUGGACAAUGCGCUUCUCUGAUUACCAGCGAAUAAUGGGUUAUGCUGCAUUGGCUAAAAUGUCAGAUACGAUGGGUCUUCUACUGCAGUUUUCUUGUUAAUAUAUUAAGGAAUGAGUGCAGCUUUUCUAGUAUUUUAUUUUAUUUCUUUUCUCUCUCAUACAUUUUGGUGUUAAGAUGGCAGAAUAACCAUGGGAGACUGGAAUUUCCUUGGAGGCAUUUUAGAGGAGGUCCACAUUCAUUCUACUAUUAUUGGAAAGAUUUGGCUAACUAUCCUCUUCAUAUUUCGAAUGCUUGUCCUUGGAGUGGCAACUGAGGAUGUUUGGAAUGACGAGCAGUCAGAAUUUAUCUGCAAUACUGAGCAACCUGGUUGUAGAAAUGUGUGUUACGAUGAGGCCUUUCCUAUCUCUCUAAUAAGAUACUGGGUCUUGCAAGUCAUAUUUGUGUCCUCCCCUUCCUUGGUGUAUAUGGGUCAUGCCCUGUACAGGCUAAGAGCCUUAGAAAAGGAGAGGCAAAAGAAGAAAGCUCAGAUCAGAGUGGAACUUGAAAGCACUGAGUUAGAAAUGACUGAAAAUCGGAAGAGGCUGGAGAGAGAACUCCGGCAGCUGGAUCAAAGAAAACUAAACAAAGCGCCUCUGAGAGGAUCUCUGCUCUGCACUUAUGUGAUUCAUAUUUUUACUAGAUCUGCCGUGGAAGUUGGUUUUAUGAUCGGGCAAUAUCUUCUGUAUGGCUUUCAACUAGAUCCCCUUUAUAAAUGUCAGAGAGAUCCGUGUCCAAACAUAGUUGACUGCUUUGUAUCCAGGCCGACGGAAAAAACAGUGUUCAUAUUAUUUAUGCAAUCAAUAGCAACUGUGUCAUUGCUCUUAAACAUCUUGGAAAUUAUUCACCUAGGAUUCAGAAAAAUUAAAAUGGGACUCUGUGGACUGGAUAAAACCAAGGAUGACCUUGAUGAUUUCUACAUAAAUAAAUCCAAGAAAUACUCUGCAAUUCCACGCUCUUCUUUGGGAAUAUCUGCAACUCCACAAAAAACGCUUCCUUCUGCACUUAGUGGUUAUACCUUUUUAACGGAAAAGCAAACUGACGCCAGUGUCUAUCCGGUUCUAAGUCCUCCUGCUGUCUUCCAGUCUAUUCAGAAUAACCGCGGCAGCAAUUGCACCCAUCACAGCCACGAAAACAGACUGCCGGAGCAGAGGCCAACUACCAACGCAUUAGACCAUCAGCUUCGAAACACUAGCACAAAUAAUAACGAAGGCUUGAUCAGGGAGCUAGCUCCUGAGGAAAAGGAUCCGCAAAAAGAAGCGGGAAAGCAGCAUUCCCUUCUUUGUGCGGUGAGCGCGGACGGGCCGGCGAGCGCGUGCUUGAGGAGCUUGGCUCAGGUGCUCCCCCAAGCCUCGCCGCCGUCCGAUCCCCUGCCCAUGAACUGUCCGAGGAGACAACGCGGAGGCAGCAGCUCCUGCGCCGGCCCCGCGCCGGCCCCGAGCGCCGGCUCGGCAGCAAAUCCCCUCCAGAGGAGCGGCAGCAGGAGACCGAGCAGUUCCAGCGCGAGGAAAGGCGCCGGCGCGUGCGGAGCGGAGCCGGCGAGCGGCCGCGCGGCCUCUGGCGACUCCGCCGGCGAGGCGAGCUCGGAAUCGAGGCAGAGCCGGAGCUGCGGGAGCCCGGCGGCCUUCCCGCCGUCCCGGCGCGUCUCGUGGUCGAGCGGCGCCAGCGGCCGGCGCGCGCCCACCGACCUGCAGAUCUAG